AUGGAAGAGAAUGGGGAAUUUGUAUUGGAGAUUGUUCAGAGAUGUUCAAAAUUGCAAAGUGUUGUGAAAGAAGAAAUCUCUGAUGACAAUGCAAAGCUGCCUUGCUUCAACGGGAGGGUUGUAUCUUGGUUGGUAUCUGCUGAAGGCUCACAGCCAGAACCAGCACCUCACCCAGUUAGCAAUAUGCCAGAUGUGCCUCCUCCAAUCGAACGAACGGGUGGAAUUGGAGACUCGAGACCUCCCUCCUUCCAUGCAAAUGUGACUGGGAGUCGGGAGAAUUUGGAUAACGAGACCGAGACAGAAUCAGUGGUGUUGUCCCGGAGAGAGAAACCGCGACGGAGAGAGAGUAUGGAGCACGGUCCCAGAGUUAAUGGACACCCAAAAAUGGAGCGACACCUUGCUGGUUACGAGAGCUCGUCCACACUCCUAAGCAGUGAACUAGAAACAACCAGCUUCUGUGACUCUGACGAGGAUGAUGCAGCUAGCAGAUUCAGCAGCUCCACAGAACAGAGCACCAACUCCCGGAUCCUGAAGCGUCACCGGCGCAGACGGAAACAGAGGCCCCCGCGACUUGAGCGUGCUUCCUCGUUCAGCAGCGUCACUGACUCGACAAUGUCCCUGAACAUCAUUACAGUCACAUUGAACAUGGAGAAGUACAACUUCCUGGGCAUCAGUAUUGUUGGCCAGAGUAAUGAGCGAGGGGAUGGAGGGAUCUACAUUGGCUCAAUAAUGAAGGGUGGAGCAGUGGCUGCAGAUGGGAGGAUCGAACCUGGUGACAUGCUGUUACAGGUGAAUGACAUCAACUUUGAGAACAUGAGCAAUGACGAUGCUGUGCGGGUUCUGAGAGAGAUCGUUCACAAGCCCGGGCCAAUCAUUCUAACAGUUGCCAAAUGCUGGGACCCGUCACCUCAAGGCUACUUCACUUUGCCCAGAAAUGAGCCAGUCAGACCUAUUGAUCCCGCAGCCUGGGUGUCUCAUUCUGUUGCGUUGACUGGUGCAUAUCCAGCUUAUGGUGCCAGCUCAUCCAUGAGCACCAUCACCUCGAGCAGCUCCAUUACUGAAACCGAACGUUUUGAUGACUUUAACCUAUCAAUCCACACGGAUAUGAUGUCUGUUGCUAAGGCAAUGGCUUCCCCAGAAUCUGGCCUUGAGGUUCGAGACAGGAUGUGGUUGAAGAUUACAAUCCCCAAUGCAUUCUUAGGCUCUGACGUUGUGGAUUGGCUGUACCACCACAUCGAGGGCUUCCAGGACCGCAGGGAGGCGAGGAAGUAUGCGAGUAACCUGCUGAAAGCUGGCUUCAUCCGUCACACAGUCAACAAGAUCACCUUUUCUGAGCAGUGUUACUACAUCUUCGGGGAUUUCAGUGGUUGUGAAAAUUACUUGGCCAAUCUCUCACUGAAUGACAAUGAUGGUUCGAGUGGGGCCUCAGACCAGGACACGUUGGCCCCCCUGCCUCACCCGGGCACCACCCCGUGGCCAAUAAUGCACUCCUUCCAGUAUCCCUACCCACCUCCACACCCUUACUCCACACAGCCACCCAGUUACCAUGAGCUAACUACCUACAGCUACGGGGGAGGAGGAAGUGCCGGCAGCCAACACAGUGAAGGAAGCCGGAGCAGUGGGUCCAACCGCAGCGAGAGCGAGAGGCGCACGGGCAAAGACAAGGACAGUAAAACGGUGGAUUCCAAGUCCGGCAGCGGCAGCGAGUCGGAGUACUCCACCCGGAGCAGCGUGCGCCGCGAGCACGCUGGGAGCGAGCGCUCGGCUGCCAACAGCGAGCACAGCCAUCGCAGUCACCACCAUUCGGUCAUGGGCAGCGUGCGCUCCCAUCAUUCUGUCCAUGCCUAUGGGCCGCCGGGGGUCCCGCUGCAGUACAACCCCCUGAUGGUGAUGAUGAUGCCUCAGUCACCGUCUUCCGCUGCCGUGCCCCCCGGGGCACCGCCGGUCCGCGACUUGGCCUCAGUGCCUCCUGAGCUCACCGCCAGCCGUCAGUCCUUCCACAUGGCCAUGGGAAACCCCAGCGAGUUCUUUGUGGAUGUCAUGUGACUUGCUGGUGGAGCAACACUUGUCUGAUAUUCUCUCUCUCUCUCUCUCUCUCUCUGUCUGUCUCUCUCUCUCUCCCUCUUUCCUUUUGUGUUGCCACGUCAGCCGCAAAGCCGGAAGGUGAAGAUCCCAGUGCUGACAUUGUAAAUAAGGUCACUUUUCACACCCAGCUUUGCGUGGAGCCCACCACAAUCCUGAAACACUAACCGUGGAGGGCCAGCUACCUCGGCAGCUGCUGUCGUUGAGACAACAUGAGGCGGCCGGUGCUGGAGCCGAAACCAAGACAAGUAUUUCAAAACAAACUGUGUUUUUUUAGUAUAAUUUAAUUGAAGUACCAAUUAACAAGUGCAAUUCUAGUCUUUUAUUUCUUGUUUAUUUUAUAUAUUGUAUACCAGGACCGAGUAUUAUCCUCCACUGUAAUCACUACGUCCCUGACGGGUUUGUACCUGCAAACUCCUCCAUGUCGCCUGCAAAAAAAAAAAAAAUUUAAACAAUUGCAUGGCAACUGCGUACGAACUGCCCUGGUGCUGAUGUUUUGAUAUCGCAACAUUGCAGAGUAUUUGGUAGAGGGCAGUUCUGAUGGUCAGCCUUCAGUUGCCAAGUAGUGAAAUUUCAGGGACCAAGUGUAAAGCCUGGGCUUGUUAUUUUAAAAAAUUGUAGAGUAAUGGUAACUCGGUUACCCUGUUGGAAUGUUUUCAGAAGGAAAGUCCACUGGUAAUCAAGUUGUUAGCUCAGUAUUGCAAUGAUUUUUGGAUUUUUUUAAAGAAUAAAUAAACUUUACAGUCUUAUGACUCUUUGCAGUAAA